CUAAAAUCGUCAUCAUUUACCCGCGUUUGUUGAACAACCCAGUUUGUUUGGCGGGCUUGAGCAGAGAAGAAACAACCCCAUCAUCGUAUCGGAACCAUGCAGUUUUCAAGCAGGAGAAAGAAAUUCACCACCAACUCUCAGACGGAGCUCUAUAGUCAUCCUCUGCUGUUCUACGUGCAGCCUCCUCUGGAAAACAUCUCUCUCAUGGAGUUUGAAACCUUUGCUGUGGAACGACUUAAAUUGUUGAAGACCAUUGAGAAUUUGGGAGUGAGCUAUGUGAAAGUCUCAGACCAGUACAUAAAGAAACUGGAGGCUGAAUCCAAAGCGCUGAACUUUCUUUACAGACCCGAAGCUGAUGACAGAAAACCUCAGAGUGGACCAACUGAACAAGAGAAACGCAGAAAGGACCAUAUCUCCCACUUCAUCCUCAGACUGGCCUACUGCCAAACGGAGGAUCUGAGACGCUGGUUUAUACAACAGGAAGUUGAUCUUUUCCGCUACCGCUUCAAUGCCCUGUAUCCAAAACAAAAGCUUGAAUUUCUUCACAGAAAUAAUCUGCAGUAUGACACGAUUAGUGUCGAGGAGAAGAAGGCUCUGCAUGAUAAACUGGUCAACUCCAGUUACGCUGUCAGUGGAAUUACUGUGGAGGAUCAAGACUUCUACAAAGUUCCAUUUCAAGACGCCCUGGAUCUAGUGCGAUCGAGGAAAGUGUACCUCAAAGCCGGCUACGUGUACAUCCCCCACCAGGAGAUCGUCACCAUUGUUCUGAACGAUUUCCGCACCAGGCUUUCUAAAGCUCUCGCACUGACAGCCCGCUCGCUACCAGCAGUGCAUUCUGAUGAACGGCUCCAACCGCUCCUCAACCACCUCAGUCAUGCCUAUGUGGGACAGGAUUACAGCAUCCAGAAGAACGUAGGGAAAAUCUCCUUGGAACAAAUUGAUUCACUAUCAGGAAAGUCCUUCCCGCUCUGCAUGAGGCAGGUCCACCAGAGCCUCAGAGAGAACCACCACCUUCGUCAUGGAGGCCGCAUGCAGUACGGCCUCUUCCUCAAAGGCAUCGGCCUCUCCCUGGAGCAAGCCCUGCAGUUCUGGAGGUCAGAGUUCAUCAAAGGAAAAGUGGAUGCAGACAAGUUUGACAAAGCAUAUGCCUACAGCGUCCGCCACAUGUUUGGCAAAGAAGGCAAGCGAACAGACUACACCCCCUACAGUUGCAUGAAGGUGAUUCUAUCAAACGCACCCAGCCAAGGCGACCAUCAUGGAUGUCCUUUCCGUCACAGCGACCCAGAGCUGCUGAAGCAGAAGCUUCAGGUCUACAAAGUGUCUCCCAGCGGGAUCAUUCAGAUCCUGGAGCUGGUUAAAGGGAUGCACUAUCAGCUGGCCUGCCAAAAGUACUUUGAGCUGACACACAAUGUUGAGGAGGCCAGUUUCUCGCUCAAUCACCCCAACCAGUACUUUAUAGAGAGCCAGAAAGUUUUGGGCGGUGGCAGGGACAUAAAGCGAGAGACGGAUGCGCCACAAAAGCCUCAGGAAAACUCCACCAAAGCACCCAUCGCGGCUCCAGAGGCAGCAGCGAACACACAGGAUGUGGCCGAGAUGACGGAGGAACUGGACUCUUUCUUUCAAGAUGCCUGAUUUGCUUCUUAUUUUGUAUACCUUUGAUUACUUAAGGUUGGGUCGGGUUCAUUUUGUAAAAUCGUUUAAAGUCACUGUACAUGAGAUGUUAAAAUUAAAAGUUGCAUAUCAGUC